GCCCGGGCCAGAAAGGAACAGCUGGCGGCCCGUGUCCGGGAGGUGCAAGCCAUGCUGGCUAUGGACACAGACGAGACAAGCAAGAAGAUAGCCCAUGCCAAGGCUGUGGCCGCUGAGGCCCAGGACACAGCUGCCCGCGUGCAGGCCCGGCUUCAGGACAUGCACCGGAAUGUGGAGCAGUGGCAGGGCCAGUACAAGGGCCUGCAGAGCCAGGACCUGGGCCGUGUGGUGCUUGAUGCUGGCCGCUCAGUGUCCACCCUGGAAAAGACGCUGCCACAGCUGCUGGCCAAGCUGAACCUCCUGCAGGACCGCGGGGCACACAACGCCAGCCUGGCUCUGUCAGCCAGUAUCGGCCGUGUGCGGGAACUCAUUGCCCAGGCCCGUGGUGCAGCCAGCAAGGUCAAGGUGCCCAUGAAGUUCAAUGGGAGCUCAGGGGUGCAGCUGCGUACCCCUCGGGACCUCACCAACCUCGCCUCCUACACUGCCCUCAAGUUCUACCUGCAGAGCCCAGAGCCCACAGCUGGCCAAGUCACGGGGGACCAGUUUGUGCUGUACAUGGGCGGCCGCCAGGCCACUGGAGACUACAUGGGUGUGGCUUUGCGGGGCCAGAGGAUACACUGGGUGUACCGCCUUGGUGGGGCAGGGCCUGUGACCCUCAGCAUUGACGAGGACAUUGGGGAGCAGUUCGCGGCCAUCAGCAUUGACAGGAUCCUCCAGUUCGGCCGCAUGUCUGUCACGGUGGAGAAUCGGAUGGUCCAAGAGACCAAGGGCGACACGGUGGCCCCUGGGGCUGAGGGGCUGCUCAGUGUCCAGCCGGACGAUUUCGUCUUCUACGUGGGGGGCUACCCCAGCAACUUCACGCCCCCCGAACCCCUACGCUUCCCCGGCUACCGGGGCUGCAUUGAACUGGACACACUCAAUGAGGAGGUGGUCAGUCUCUACAACUUCGAGAAAACCUUCCAGCUGGACACAGCUGUGGACAAGCCUUGUGCCCGCUCCAAGUCGACCGGGGACCCGUGGCUCACAGAUGGCUCCUACCUGGACGGCUCUGGUUUUGCCCGCAUCAGCAUGGAGAGCCAGCUCAGCAACACCAAGCGCUUCGACCAGGAGCUGCGGCUCGUGUCCUACAGCGGCAUCAUCUUCUUCCUGCAGUAUCAGGACCAGUUCCUGUGCCUGGCUGUGCAGGAAGGCAAACUUGCGCUCCUCUAUGAUUUUGGCACGGGCCUGAAGGAGGCCGACCCGCUGCAGCGACCUCCGCCACAGCUGACUGCAACCAGCAAGGCGAUCCAGCUGUUCCUGCUGGGGGGCAACCGGAAGCGCGUGCUGGUGCGCGUGGAGAGGACCACGGUGUUCAGCGUGGAGCAGGAGAACAUGCUGGAGCUGGCCGACGCCUACUACCUAGGAGGCGUGCCGCCCAGCCAACUGCCUGCCAGCCUGCGGCAGCUCUUCCCCUCUGGAGGCUCCGUGCGAGGAUGCAUCAAGGGCAUCAAGGCCCUGGGCAAGUACGUGGAUCUCAAGAGGCUGAACACCACGGGCAUCAGCGCUGGCUGCACCACUGACCUGCUGGUGGGACGGGCCAUGACUUUCCAUGGCCACGGCUUCCUGCGCCUGGCACUCCCCAGCGAUGCCGUGCCCCUCACGGGUGACGUCUACUCUGGCUUUGGCUUCCGCAGCAGCCAGGACAGCGCUCUGCUCUUCCAACGAGAGUCCCCGGGUGGGCCAUGCGAGGUGACCCUGCAGCAGGGUCACGUGACCCUUCGGCUGGCCAGGACUGAGCUGAAGACACAAGAACGUUUUGAUGAUGGGGCCCCCCACUACGUCACUUUCUACAGCAACAGCACGGGGGUCUGGCUCUACGUGGACGACCAGCUUCAGGAGAUGAAGCCCUACCGGGGGCCACGGCCCCAGCCUCAGCCCGAGGGGCCCCCUCAGCUCCUCCUGGGGGGCUCGCCCAAGUCCAGUGACAUUCGUAACUUCAGUGGCUGCAUCAGCAAUGUUUUUGUGCUGCGGCUCCUGGGGCCUCAGCGCGUGUUUGACCUGCAAGAGAACCUGGGCAGCCUCAAUGUGAGCUCAGGCUGCGCCCCAGCCCCUCACGCCCAGCUCCUGGAGCAGGUCCCGCAAGGGCUGCGGGCCACCGUGUCUCGGAAGGCUGCCCGCCGAAGCCGGCAGCCUGCCCAGGACUCUGCCUGCUUGCCACCUGGGUCCCUCAGGACCAUCCGAGACGCCUACCAGUUUGGGGGUCCCCUGACCAGUUACUUAGAGUUUGCACAUGUUCCAGCCUCCCCCAGUGACUGGUCACAGCUCUCCAUGCUCGUCCGCCCACAUGCCCCCCGAGGGCUCCUGCUCCUUGCUGUCCCCCAGACAGCCAGCAGCCCCUCCCUAGUUCUCUUCCUGAACCACAGACGUUUUGUAGCUCAGACCGAAGGCCCUGGGCCCCAGCUCCGAGUUCAGAGCCGCCAGCGUUCACGCACUGGCCAGUGGCAUACGGUGUCCGUGCGCUGGGAGAAAAGUCGGAUCCAGCUGGUGACAGACAGGGUCUGGGCCCAGAGCCAGGAGGGGCCGGGCUGGCAGCACCAGGGACAGCAGGGCCCCCAGCCACACACGCUCUUUGUGGGGGGCCUUCCUGCCGGCAGCCACAGCCCCAGGCUCCCAGUGGCCAUCAGCAGCCCUGGGUUCAGGGGUUGUGUGAAGAGGCUGAGGCUGGAUGGGCGGCUCCUGGGGUCCCCCACGCGGAUGGUGGGGGUCACACCCUGCUUCUCAGGGCCCCUGGAGAAGGGCCUGUUCUUCACAGGCAGCGGGGGAGCCGUCACUCUAGACACCCUGGGGGCCACACUGCCCGACGUGGCCCUGGAGCUGGAGGUACGGCCCCAGACAGCCACCGGCCUAGUUUUCCACUUGGGCCAGGGCCAGACGCCCCCAUACCUAGAGCUGCAGGUGCUGGGGAAACAGGUCCUGCUGUGGGCAAACGACGGCGCUGGUGAGUUCUCCACGCUGGUAACACGCCCUGCAGCACUGUGUGAUGGGCGCUGGCACCGACUGGCAGUGACCAAAGGCGGGAACGUGCUCCGGCUGGAGGUGGACCAGCAGAGCAACCACACCCUGGGCCCGGCGCUGGCCACCUGGGCCAACACCCUGGUGCCACUACAUCUCGGGGGCCUGCCGGAACCCUGGAAACGGCCUCCCUACAACGGCUGCGUGCGGAAUCUGGUGCUGAACCAGGUGUCGGUCACCUGGCCUCGAACUGCGGGCGUGCAGGGGGCAGUGGGGGCCAGCGGCUGCCCAGCCACGUAGCACAGCCACCCCCGGAACCCCAGCUGACAGCUCCAGCAGCCGCACGAGGGGGUCUCCUGGAGUCAACAGGUGGUCUGCCUCAUCAGGCAGGGUCUUGCCCCCCAGAACCCUCAGCCCCUCCACCCAGGGUGCAGACACCACCACCCUCAGCUGGCUUCUUAGAUGAAGUCUGUGUGUAUUUAUCUAGACUCCAGAUUCUAUGGGUAAUAAAGUCUUAUUUCUGGGAGUGGUUUUAAGUUAUGUCUGACUUCCUAAAGGAAAGGGUAAAUAACACUGUAAAAUGGGUGUUUGUAUUUUUUAUCUUUCAAUUUAAUUAUGAAAUUUCCCUUCCACCAAUAUUCAAUAGGAAAGCUAUAAAUCACUGGCCCCCCUGCUUCUUGAAACAAAAAUUAAAAAGUAACUUGUG